AUGUCCUCCCCAUGUUCCUCCUCCAAGGCAAGUCCCCCUCAAAAGAAGAAGAAGUCGAAUUCACUUUCGCACGAGACGGUGGACUACCUCAAGGCCUGGAUGAUGAGCCCCGAGCACAUUGCACAUCCGUAUCCCACGGAACAGGAAAAGCAGCAGAUCAUGGCCGAUACUGGCAUUGAACUCAAGCAGCUGACCAACUGGUUUGUCAAUAACCGCAAGAGGUAUUGGAAACCGAGGGUGGAAGCUCGCCUGCAACAGCAAGUUCAGCUACCUGUUGCUGCAGGAGCCACCAUGUCCUUGAUCAGACGCAAGUCCAGCCUGAGCAUCAGCAGUGGAAGUCAGCCACAGCUGGCUGCCGCUGUCACUGCUGCUCAGUCUGUUGUGGAAGUGAAGGCCCUCCAACCGCCAACGGCGCUUCCAAGGCUGGGGACCACACUGACGACGGUUGCUCCGGAACUCAAGUUUGCACGAAGCGUUAGUCGAGAACGUUUGGCCACUUCGUCUCCUGCAGCCUCUUUCCUCAAGUCUUCUGCUGACGAUCAGCUGCAAGUUGUUGUCAGUGAUGCUUCCAGCAGUGAGUCCUGUUCGUCCGAGACGGGAAGUGUCUAUUCAUCCUCGGGAAAUGAAGAUGAACUGGCCAACUUCGAUUCGAACGAGGAAGUGGCGGCAUCUGAAGGAGGAUCAGUGGCACGCACUGAAACGGUGGAUGUUCACAUCCUCCACCCCCUCAAUGGAGUCAAGCCCACCAUUGCCGAUGUCUCCAUUCUCUCCACUGUGCCCAGAGAAAGAAUCCUAUGCACAUACGAGAAUGUCAUGUUGACGUACCGAUUCAACGUGGACUGUAUUCAGGAUCGAAAGAAGGUUCAAAACCGUCGUGAUGCUGAGAUUGUCCGACUCAAGAGGAAGUACCUGAAGCUCUUCCUAGACGAAGGCGGCAUGACUGCGACCCCCAAUGCUCCCAUCAAGCGGGCUCGUCAAGAGGGAGAAACUACUCCAAGAAAGAAGUUUCGCCGUGAGAGCCUCGAGCUAUGGAGGGAGGCUUGUGUAGCUGCGCAGGAUAUCUACGAUCACGAUCUGCCCACCCUUGAAGAAGCAACGCUUCUCUUUGGCUUCAGCAGGGGCAUCAGCGCAUGA